CAGGGGUUGUUAGUGAAGGUCAGGCACACGCACUCCGGGGCAGGAGGGUUUAUAAACCACCCCGGGGCACCAAGAGCGGCCACUCAGAGUUGAGAGUCUCCCCACCGCCUAUCUGCAGAGACCCCAGAACGUUGCACCAUGCCUCACGAAUACCCCGCACUGACCGCAGAGCAGAAGAAGGAGCUCCAUGGCAUCGCCACACGCAUUGUAGCCACUGGCAAGGGCAUCCUGGCCGCCGAUGAGUCCACAGGAAGCAUCGCCAAGCGCCUGAGCUCCAUCGGAGCCGAGAACACCGAGGAGAACCGCCGCUUCUACCGCCAGCUCCUCUUCACGGCCGACCAGAGGGUGAACCCCUGCAUCGGCGGCGUCAUCCUCUUCCACGAGACCCUCUACCACAAGACCGACGACGGCACCCCCUUCACCAAAGUCAUCAAGGACAAAGGCGCCAUCGUUGGCAUCAAGGUCGACAAAGGCGUCGUCCCCCUGGCCGGAACCAACGGAGAAACCACCACUCAGGGUCUGGACGGACUGUCUGAGCGCUGCGCUCAAUACAAGAAGGACGGCGCUGACUUUGCCAAGUGGCGCUGCGUGCUGAAGAUCUCCGAGCACACGCCGUCUCACCUGGCCAUUCUGGAGAACGCCAACGUGCUGGCCCGCUACGCCAGCAUCUGCCAGCAGAACGGGAUUGUCCCCAUCGUUGAGCCCGAGGUCCUCCCCGACGGUGAUCACGAUUUGAAGAGGUGCCAGUACGUCACGGAGAAGGUCCUGGCCGCCGUGUACAAAGCUCUGAGCGACCACCAUGUCUACCUUGAAGGAACCCUGCUGAAACCCAACAUGGUGACCCCUGGACACGCCUGCACCAAGAAGUACUCCCCCGAGGAGGUGGCCAUGGCCACAGUCACAGCUCUGAGGCGCACCGUCCCCCCAGCUGUCUCCGGAAUCACUUUCCUGUCCGGAGGUCAGAGUGAGGAGGAGGCCACCGUUCACUUGAACGCAAUCAACAACUGCCCCCUGCACAAGCCGUGGCCCCUGACCUUCUCCUACGGCCGCGCGCUCCAGGCCUCUGCCCUCAAAGCCUGGGGUGGCAAGAAGGAGAACGUGAAGAACGCUCAGGAGGAGUACACCAAGCGUGCGCUGGCUAACAGCCUCGCCUGCCAGGGCAAAUACGUGCCGAGUGGCCAGGCCGGCGCCGCGGCCGGGGAGUCCCUGUUUGUGUCGAAUCACGCUUACUGAUUUCCCGUGUCCUUCGCUGGAGUCGCGUCGUCGCCGUGAUGGCAGCUUCCGUGUAACGUAGUUUGUGAAGCCCCCUCCUGCUAGCCCGCCGCCGGGGAGAGAGCGCAGCGGACGGGCAGAGGGAGGGAGCGAGCGAUGUGUGGGGCUGCUUGUGAGUGUGAGUGUGUGCUCACGUCUGCGCUUUAGUCCAUGUUGUUCACCCGUUCUCAGCUCUGAGUCACCGUUAUUAGUGUUGCUGCUGGAUAAAUCCCAAUAAAGCAGAUCUCUGAAACAC